AUGAGAUAUCAUACCUUAUUAACUGAAUUACUCAAAUACACACCAUUAAAACAUCCUGAUUAUAAAUAUAUUGUAAAAGCAGAUCAAAAAUUUCAUGAUUUAGUUAUUGCAACAAAUACACGAGCUAAACAACAUGACUUAUUAUUAACAUGUGCAUCAGUGAUUUAUGGAAUGCCAGAAUUAGUUCAACCAUGGAGAUAUUGUAUUUAUUAUGAAGAAUGUUAUGUAAAUGGAUUAAAAACAAAAUCAAUGUGUUUUUUAUUUAAUGAUGUUAUUGUUUGGAUGGAUACUGUUGUUCCAUUGGUUAUUGAACAACAAGCAAGUUAUUUUUUAAAAUAUGAAGAAACAAAUCAAAUAUAUUUAACAGAAAUUACAAAUCAUUUUAAAUCAGUUAGAAUACCAAAUUGUUAUGAAAUUAUACUUAAAGAUAAACAUUAUAGUUUUGUAUUUCUUAAACAUGAGCAUUUAAAUACAUGGGUUAAUGUAUUACAUACUUGUUUAAAUCCUAAAUGA